GCAGCGAUAAAGCUAGGGGGCUACUGCCUAGAGAAACUUCUUUCUGUAGAAGUUGUUGAACUGUUCAGGAUGUACUUCAGGACAGUUUUUAAUUUCCUCAACUUCUUUGCUGCUUUCGUUUACCCAUAUCCAGAUCCGAACGUGACCGUACACCCAUGUGAUGAAGUUCCCGGCGUAUAUUCAGAUUGGGUGAGCCAGGCCGAGAAGGUGGGCGUGGCGAUCAUAGGAGGGGGCGUGUCCGGACUGACGGCGGCCAAAACGCUGCUGGAAAACGACGUAUCAGAUCUGCUCAUUUUGGAGGCCAAGGAGAGGCUGGGUGGGCGUGUCUUCACCGUCAGGGAAGGAAACGUCGUGGUCGAGGCGGGCGCGGAAUGGAUUCACGGCGACGAGAGAAACCCUUUAUAUAGGCUGGCGCGGGAGUUGAAUGCACUGGCCCCGCCCCCUCCCGAGGAAUGGGAUUUCUGGGCAGUCUCACACGAGGGCAAAGAAAUGGCUUCCGACCCGUUCCCUGUCCUCCAGGAGCUGCUGUCUGAAGUCGGUGACAAUGCCUCCUCCUUGGCUGCCUAUCGGGGUCUCGCUGUCGGUGCGUUCUUUACUGAUAGGUACAAGGCUCUUUACGGAGAGGAAUCGACAGAAGAGUGGAAAGGAUGGCUAAAUUACUUAAACAAGAUCGUCAAUGCUGCCUUUGGGUGCAACGACUGGAUGACUCCAGAAGUGACGACCUUGGGCGCCUUCGCGGAAUACGGCGACGACAACCAGUGGGCGGCCGGCUACGACACCCUGCUCGGCCACCUCAAGGCUAGUAUCCCUGAUGAGCACAUAAGUUUGUCGAGUCCCGUCUGCCGCAUCUUUUGGGACGAAAACCAGGAGGGAGAACUGGAAAAAGGGCAAGUUCUUAUCGUCAGCAAGAAUGGUUACUCCUGGCUGGCGGACCAUGUUCUCGUCACCGCGUCUUCCGGUCACCUCCAAGAACGACAUCGGCAGUUAUUUUCACCGCCGUUGCCGAAAGACUACGUGAACGCCUUGGAGGGCAUAGAGCUGGGCGUGGCCAACAAAGUGCAGAUGGGGUGGGAGGAGCCUUGGUGGGGCUCGGAGCCGCUCGAGCUCAACAUCGUUUGGACCAAGUUCGACCUGCCGGAGGAAAAGUCUUGGUUGUACGACAUCGUUAUAGUGUUCAGUGUCAUCCGCAGUCCUCAGGCCGUCGUUGAAAGCUUUUUGACCGGAAAGGCUUCAGAGAUCAUGGAAAGCCUUUCGGAGGAACAAGUCAAGGCCCAUUAUCUCGAGCUCCUGAGGAACGCCACGGAGAUAAAAGUUCCAGAGCCCAUGUUCUUCAGGAGGAGUUCCUGGGGCGCCGAUCCUUGGGUGCGCGGAUCCUACAGCACCUUCAUCACUACCAGCGGGUUCAGCAGCGGCCUCUCCUCCAGGGCUGUUCUGAGGGCGCCUCUCUACGCCGGGAGGAAAAUGGUGUUGCAAUGGGCGGGCGAGCACACCAGCGACUCCCGAUUCGGCACCGUCGACGGCGCGAUGGGCACUGGCGAGCGGGAAGCGAAGAGGCUCCUGAACACCCUACGUCUCCAGGGCGUGUGAAGUUGCAGAGACCGCGGGGUCAAAACCUUUUUUUUUUUCUUUUCUUUUUUUUGGAUGGUGGUGGUGAUGAUGAUGACUUUUUUCUUUGGUUGUAGAUCUUUGGGUCGAAUAUAUUAGUAAAGAGUUUUGGUUAAAUUGU